AUUAACCUUAAUGUAAGUGAUUAAGAUAAAAUGUCAUUUUCUUAAAGGUAAAUUAUUUAACUUUCAAUCGAGGAAAGAUCUGUUCAGAGUUAGAGGUGAGUUAAUGGGUAAAAUGGGUACACCCUUCCAUCCAUCUGGUGAGGGCUAGGGUAAAGCGAGCAGAAAAUCAAGUAGUUGAUGGACCGCUUUGAUUUAUUAUUAUAUUAUUGUUAACGAAAAAAAAAGAUCUAUUUCUGAGUCUGCUUUGGAGAAAGGGGUGGAAUGCUUCAAAAUAGCAAAGGAAUUCAUGCUGCCACGUUAGCAAUAGCAGUCCUGACAGACACGAGAUGAACAAAAUCUCUACCUCCAAGCAAACAUGGUGCGCACAUACCUUCCCUUUACGCCACCUUCUCCAGACCUUUUUAUUUGAGUGAAGCAACACAUUAAAAUCUGAAACAAGAAGCAGGAGACAAGUGAGAUAGGCAAUAUUCAUGGGAACGUCUCGGAAUUGGUUCGGCAUUGUUCGAACAAAGUUCUUCACAUCAUCCAAAACCAUCACUGUUCGCCACAUCGCCACCAGCCCCAGCUACAACGAAGAACCAGACGUUACAGAAGGAGGAGCAAUAUACUCUGAAGAACCCAAUGAUGGAGCCCCAUGCUUGCCAUCACCCCGAAAGAAAGAUCUCACCAAGGAGGACAUCGCGGCCAUCAAAAUCCAAGCAAUUUUCAGGGGUCAUCUUGCACGACGGGCAUAUCGAGCGCUCAGGAGCCUUGUGAAGCUACAAGCGUUGGUUCGUGGGGUGUGCGUGAGGAGACAGACACGUAUAGCCUUGCAUUGCAUGCACGCACUUGUCCGGUUACAGGUCAGGGUUCGCACACGCCAGCUGCUCCAGCUGGACUCAUGAUUCAUCAAUUGCCAUUAACCUCUUCACUAAACCACGCUCGCUCUCAUUUUCCAUAUUUUACUUUACGUAUAACAUCCAAUUCCAGUUUGUGUUACACAUUUGGGCUUUCUAGUAACAGCCUACUCUAAUUUGAAUAUUCACCUGGUAUGACAUUCACUUUAAUUGCGCCCAUUUAGAGAUAUUUGGCGGCUUAAAGUCUUAAAAGAUAACCAGAAAUGAACCUAAUCAAUUGGUAGCUUUAGUUCCACCAAAACGAUAAUGGAUCCUGUAGGUGACUUUGACGAGUCAUACUCAUACAGAGUAUAU